AUGACAACCAUAAGAGCCUUAAUUGCAAUUGCAGCAAGCAAAGGGUGGGAUAUAUUUCAAUUAGAUGUUAACAAUGCUUUCCUUCAUGGUGAUCUUAAUGAAGAAGUAUACAUGAGAAUGCCCAAAGGAAUUGAAAAUCCUGGGAAUAAGUUCUGCAAACUCAACAAAUCCUUAUAUAGGUUGAAGCAAGCAAGCAGACAAUGGUUUUUUAAGCUGCAUACUGUACUGUUACAUCAAGGAUUUGUACAAUCCAGACACGAUUAUUCUCUCUUCAUCAAAAAAAGGGGUUCAGACAUCACCAUUGUUGCUGUUUAUGUUGAUGAUAUCCUGGUAACUGGUACAAAUCACAAUGAUAUACAAACCCUAAAAGCUCAUCUUGACACAAUCUUCAGCAUUAAAGAUUUGGGCAUCUUACAUUAUUUCCUUGGUAUCGAGGUAUCUUACUCACAAGCUGGGAUCAUUCUCACUCAAAAAAAGUUCACAAAAUCUCUCCUUGACAAUUGUGGUUUUGAUCUUUCCAAAUCUGCUCCUGCUCCCUUAUCCUUAAACACCAAACUCCUGGAUAAUUCAGGUGACUUGUAUGCUCAUCCAGACCAUUAUAGAUCCUUGAUUAGAAAGCUCAAUUUUUUGACUCAUACAAGACCAGAUUUGUCUUUCUCUGUCCAAACAUUGAGUCAAUUCAUGCAUACCCCAAGGCAGCCACAUGUUGAUGCUCUGCAUCAUGUAUUGAGAUACGUCCAUGGAACCACAGGACAAGGCAUUUUAUUACAUGGUUCAGCACAACUUACCCUUCAGGCAUUCUCAGAUAGUGACUGGGCAGCUUGUCCAAAUUCUCGAAGGUCUGUUACUGGAUAUGUGAUGUUACUUGGACAUUCACCUAUAUCUUGGAAGUCUAAAAAACAAGCCACAGUCUCAAGAAGCUCCUCUGAAGCAGAAUACAGAGCCAUGGCUUCAGCUGCAUCAGAAAUCACUUGGUUGAUCCAGCUUCUUCAAGACCUUGGUGUAUACAAUUUAGAACCUGUUCUUCUACAUUGUGACAACAUGUCAGCCAUACACAUUGCAAAAAAUCCAGUCUUUCAUGAAAGAACUAAACACAUAGAAGUGGAUUGUCACUUUACUCGAGAUAAGGUUCUUGAAGGUCUUCUUCAGCUCACAUAUUUACCUACCCAAAAUCAACUAGCUGAUGUCUUCACAAAGGCUCUGCCAUCACCUCAAUUCUGUAAGCUUCUAACCAAGCUAGGAGUUGUUAAUACCACUCCAGCUUGAGGGGGGG